UUAAAAAAGUUGUAACUUUCAGUUUAGCUUGUCUACUCGUUUCUAUAAUUAUCGUGUUCCAUUUAAUCAAGUUAAUAAAUCAUCCUUUUUAGUACAAAAAAAAAAAAUUAAUAUCAAUCUUUCACACAUUUUUUACGGGGGCUGAUUUUGUACUAGAAAAUUUGGCAAAACGAAGUUUCACUUCCACCAUAGUUUUACAAGAGAUCAAAGUGUAUUCUUCAGGUUGUGGAGUGUGGAGCAAAUAAAAAAUGUGUGUUAUUUUCUUUUAUGUUAACUCAAAUCCUGAACCAAAUGGAAUUAAAUUAAUUGUCGUUUCAAAUCGUGAUGAGUUUUAUUCAAGAGAAACUCUUCACGCUGAUAGAUGGCAAAAGUUUCCUCACGUUUUUGGAGGAAUUGACCUGCAAGCUGGCCGGGAAGGUGGCACUUGGUUGGCUGUAAGCGGAAAAAAUGGUUCUUUCAAACUUGGUGCCCUUCUGAAUGUUACUGGUGAACCAAAACUUAAGGAUCCUGAAACACCACCAACCACUAAUCUCUUAUUAGGCCGCGGAAUGAUUGUUUCUGAUUUCGUUUCGGGCGAUUUAUCCACUCAGGAAUAUAAUCGACAAAUAUUAGCUGAUGCAGAAAAAUACAAUGCAUUUAAUUUUGUUUCAAUUGAAAUAAAUAAAACUUCAUCUUCAAUUAUGUUAUCCAGCAAUGCACCAAAAGACUUGAAAACAUACAAAGAAUCAGAAUGUUAUGGUUUUGGUAAUAGUCCAGGUGAUUCACCAUUUCAAAAAGUCAUUGCCGGACGAAAACAAUUUGAGGAAAUUCUACAAGAAUAUCUUAAAUCAAAUAAGGAAAAUAAAACAUCACAAAAUGAUCUAGUCAGCAAAUGCUUUGAUUUGUUAAAGAACGAAACAAAACACUGGCCCGAUGCUGAGCUAGCUGGUCGUGCUCCAAAUUGGGGAAAUUAUUUAAGUGCAAUCAAUGUUAAAAUACCCGAUGCUGGCUAUGGCAGCAGAACGCACAGUGUCAUUAUUAUUGACUCUGCAGAUAAAAUGCAUUUUUACGAAGAGACAAUGGAAAGUGAUGAUCCUAAUGGAAAAUGGCAUAGUAAAUGUUUUGUAGAACAAUUCUUUAAGAAUGAAAAUGGAAACAGUAAAAUCUGACAAGAAUCUAAAAGAUUAUUGAUAUUUUAGGUGCUUUAAUAGUCAAAACACAAUGAAAUAAAAAAUGUAAAAAAAAAGUAUUUUUCUAUACAAACAAUAUUU